AUGGCUGAGGUGGACUUGCCAAAGGUGACCAACAACGGUGAGCCGUCCUAUUCUGCCAAGCGCCGUGCUGCCAAGAAGGCGCGUGACAAGAAGUGGGCCGAAGGUUCUGCGGCACUCUCACCUGCUCCGGAGCCUGUGCCGGGAAACGUGCCGAAGGCCAACGCUGCAGCCACUCCGGAGCCAAAGGCAGUGCUGCCCUUGGCCCUGAGCAGCGCAGCUCGCUCCCUCAUGGGAAAACACAAGGAGAAGCCGGCUAAGCCGGAGCCGAAGGGCCCUAUGGUCGUGCCCGUGGCGUCGCAGGCGAAGGAAAAGGAGAUUUUGGACGGCGCCGGAGAGGCGCAGCUGCAGCAGCAUGAACUUUGGCUCCAACUCCUUUCUGCAGAGGUCAGCGAGCUGCGCCGGCACGGGAUUCAACAGGCACGGUUUGUCGAGCAUCUCUCCUUGGAGAACUCUGAGCUUCGCUCCAUGCUGUGUCAGAUCCUUUCUUCCGGGCGCGGGAUGGAGGCCGAGGCCAGUCAAACCGACACAAAUUCGGCCCUUGAUGCCAUGACCGCUGCCGGGAGCAAAGCACCUCACGAGAUCAUGGGUGUCGAUGCGGUUCACAGCCUCGACGAUCGAAGCCUCCGAAAGCAGGGAAGCUCCACUGCGCGAGACGUGCUGGAAGCGCGCGAGGCGGAGCCCGAGGUAUGA